CUAUUUUAGACGGCUCAAAUUUGAAAAGAAUAGUGGGGUGAAAGAAAAGAAGAGAGAGAAGGUUUUAAUUUAAACCGUUUAACACAUUUUAUAGUUUUGAACGGUCCGAAUAAACUGCUCAGGCACCCUCACCCAGCACUGAAAAAUUUUUCGCCUGACGCCACACCUUGAAAACUGAAACCAAUCCCUUCCCAAUUCUGCACGACACUCCAAUACCCAUAUCUCCCUCUCUCUCUCUCUAGAAAUCAAUCAGCCCUGCUUCCUCAUGGCGACCAUCGGCCGCGCCCUCAACCUCUGCGGCGUCCUCUCCGAAACCAAGCGCAUCAUCAACGCCCACUCCCGCCACUUCCUCGCCCUCUCCGUCCUCUUCCUCCUCCCCCUCUCCUUCUCUCUCAUCAUCUUCCCCACCCUCCAAUCCACCCUCUCUCUCUCCCCCCACUCCCCCCACCAGCCCCACCAAACCCUCCUCCGCCACUCCCAGUCCCGCCCUCUCAACCAAACCCUAGCCCUCCCCCUCCUCCUCCUAUAUCUCCUCCUCUCCCUCUCCGCCGCGGUCACCAUCACCUACAGCACCUACCACGGUUUCUACGGCCGACCCGUCAAGCUCCUCUCCGCCGCCAGAACCCUCCUCUCCUCCUUCCUCCCCCUCCUCGCGACCUCCGCGGCCUACCACACCCUCCUCGCCCUCGUAAUCUCCGCGUUCGGGGCUUUCCCCUUCCUCGUUACCAAGGCCCUCCAAACCCUCCUAGGGUUUGAGGAGAUCGAUUACGCUUCGAAUCCCUACUUCCUCGCGCUCUCCAGUGUCGUUUUGAUCCUCCUCGUUUUGGUGCUGGUUCACCUCAAGGUGAACUGGGCUUUGGCCUCCGUGGUUGUGGUUGUGGAAUCCAAGUGGGGGUUGGAGCCGCUGCGGCGGAGCGCUCACCUGAUGAGGGGGAUGAAACUCGUGUUCCUGUCCUUGUGGUUGCUUUUUGGGACCGUGAUCGGGUUCUUCGUGUGGGUUUUUGGCUCUGGGGCUAGUGAUUUCGGUGAUGUGUGGAGCUGCUUGUCUUUCGUUUCGCAGACGGUGGCGGGUUCGAGCUUUGUGACUGUGCUUAUGCUUUACAGCGUGGCCUCACAUGCUGUUUUGUACAUGUAUUGCAAGGCUUUACAUGGGGAAUUGGCCUGGGAGAUUGCUGAGGAGUUCGCACGUGAGUAUGUUAGCUUGCCUUUUGAUGAUGCAAAGGUCCCUCAGGUCGUCUUUGUUGCCCCCCAAGCUUGAUGAGUUUGAGGUUAGUGGCUUGCCUUGUGACCAAAUCAUAACUUGUCGCUUUGAUGGGUUGCUGUCUCUUGGUCUGUAAUGGAGUUUGUAAGUCUUUUGUUAAAAUAUAAGAAACAACGUAUGAUGGCUGUGGGGAACAGUAGCUUGUAAGAACAAUGUCUUUGUAAAAAUUUCAGGUUUCUUAAAGCAUGACGGUGCUUUUAGUACUUUGGUUUGUCUGUCAUUAGUGGCUUUUCUUUUGACUCAAUAUUACUUGUGGUUUGAUGGAUAA